AUGUUCACGCUCGUCAAACAUUUUGAUUGUCAUGCCAUACCAUCAACAAAUUUGGUAUAUGGUAUUGGACAACUAUCGUCCAAUAGGCAUAGUAACCAUCGAGGAAAUAUAAACACACUAAGAAAACAAAAGCAUUUUGGAAGAACAAUAUUUGCCACACGCCAACAACAGUCUAAAAAUUCUACAGAUCAAAGAUAUGAUGAAACACUAACCGGCAAGCAAAGUUUUAGAAUUAAAUAUCCCAGCGAUGGCAACCCAGGCUAUACAAUGAAACCUUACAACUUUUACUACCGCCCUGGCUAUCUGUAUUCAAGGAAUCAACAAGGCUAUCCCUAUCAUUUGAAUUCAUUAUCAUACUCAUCGCAAUCUACCGCAGGGUACCCUUUCAAACUACAAGGCAAUGCCCCUCUUCAGAAAGAGAAGAAAACUUAUUGGGGACGAUAUAAUCUUUUUGUUUCUGAUGAAGACGAUUAUGAGUGGGGAAACGAAGUGGAUGAUGAAUGGGGAAACGAACAGGAUGAUGAAUGGAGAAACGAAGACGAUGAUGAAUGGGGAAACAAAGAGUAUAAUGAAUGGGGAAAAGAAGAGGAUGAUGAAGAAGACAAUGAAUGGGGAAACGAAGGGGAUUAUGAUUGGGGAAACGAAGAUGAUGAUGAAUGGGGAAACGAAGAGGGUAAUGAAUGGGGACAAGAAGAGGUUGAUGAAGGCGACAUCAAAGAGUAUAUUGAUUGGGGAAACGAAGAGGAUGAUGAAGAAGGCAGCGAAGAGGAUAAUAAAUGGGGAAUCGAAGUGGGUGAUGAAUGGGGAAACAGAAAGGAUUAUGAUUGGGGAAACGAAGAUGAUGAUGAAUGGAGAAACGAAGAGAAUAAUGAAUGGGGAAAAGAAGAGGAUGAUGAAGAAGACAAUGAAUGGGGAAACGAAGUGGGUGAUGAAUGGGGAAACGAAGAGGAUUAUGAUUGGGGAAACGAAGAUGAUGAUGAAUGGGGAAACGAAGAGGGUAAUGAAUGGGGACAAGAAGAGGAUGAUGAAGACGACAUCAAAGAGUAUAUUGACUGGGGAAACGAAGAGGAUGAUGAAGAAGGCAGCGAAGAGGAUAAUGAAUGGGGAAACGAAGAGGAUGAUAAAUGGGGAAACGAAGAUGAUGAUGAAUGGGGAAACGAAGAGGGUAAUGAAUGGGGACAAGAAGAGGAUGAUGAAGACGACAUCAAAGAGCAUAAUGACUGGGGAAACGAAGAGGAUGAUGAAUGGGUAAACGAAGGGGAUGAUGAAUGGGGAAACGAAAAGGAUAAUGAAUGGGGAAACGAAGACGACUAUGAAUGGGAAAUCGAAGAGGAUUUUGAAAAAGGAAGCGAUGAUUAUGAAAAUUCUGGAGAACGAGAUUAUGACUUUCGAGAUAUUGAAGAGGAUGACUUUGAAAUCGACAAUGAUGAAUCGAGUGACUCAAACAGUAAAGAAGGGUUACUAGCGGACGCAGCAUCUAAGUACAAAGAAAAUGACGGCUGUAAUAUAAUAAUAAAUUUUGCUGCAUUACAAUCUGCCAACAUUAUACUAGCUUUGCAAGCGGCAAUGUUGUUACAACUGUUUCGAGAAAUGCAAGAGAAUUUCCAUUGA